AUGCGGCGACACACGGGCGAGAGGCCGUACACUUGCAGCUUGUGCCCAGCAGCUUACGUCAGCAAGUACGGACUGACGGUGCACACAGCCAGUCACAAGCGCCAGGUGCCAUUCGGGUGCCUCCUGUGCGGCAUGAAAUUCGCCGCCAAAGGGAAGUUUCGUGGACACGUUUGCAACCACUCGCUCGAGAGGCUGCACGCCUGCCACCUUUGUCCCGCCAAUUUCAUCCAGAAGUACCACCUGCGAAGUCACCUGAUCACGCACUCCAAUGAAAACCCACACCGGUGCAACGUGUGCCAGAAAGCGUUCGGGCGGCGUCCUGCACUCGUGAAGCACAUACGCGUUAGUGAGCACGCUGAAGAACACUGA